GAGAUGGCGCUGCAGGUGGGUGAGAAGGAAGCAGGCCCAGGCAGGGGCUCCCCGCAUCCCCGGUGCUCCUUCCCCAGGCCUGCAGGCCGAGAGGGCAUGGGGUGGGGGACUCCUACUGCCCCGCCAUGAAGGGAACGCUGCUCAGAGGGCCAGGGUCCUGGGGGAAGAGCCCGAGCUGGGCGUGAGAUUGGCUGGGGCCCCCUGGACAAAUGGGGUACACUCUGCCCCUCUUUUGCAUGCAGUUCGAAGCCUUCUGUGCAGGGGGCCUGGCCCCUGGCUGGAGCCUGCUGGUCCAGGGACACUCUGACUCUGGAGAGGACAAGUUUGAGAUCAACUUCCUGUCUGAGGCGGGGGACAUUGCCUUCCACGUCAAGCCCCGGUUCUCCAGCGCCACCGUGGUGGGCAACACCUUCCAGGGGGGCCGCUGGGGCCAGGAGGAAGUGUCCAGCGUCUUCCGGCUGGUGCUGGGGGAGCCCUUUGAGGUGAAGGGGGGAGCGGAGAUGGAGGUCAGCUCAGAUGAGGAGCACUUCCAUGUCCACGCCCAGGAGCACAAGGUGCUGCAGUAUGCACACCGCCACAGGCCACUGGCGGCCAUCACCCGGGUGCAGGUGCUGAGUGACCACCGCCUGGCCCAGGUGGAGCUGGCCAGGAGGGACCUGAGCUGGUGGGAUGGGGGCCACUGAGCUGUGCCCGAAGUCCCCGGAGGGAGCCUCGGCCAUCAACCAUCCCUUGUCCAGUGGAGCCCACGCAGAGGGAGCUGAGGGGAGUGGUCUGUGGUUCUGGCCCCUCCUAUUCUAGCUCUACCUUCAAUAAAGUUUGA